CCUGCGAGACUCACCGGUGGCGGUGGGAGCGGCGCUCCGGGCGUUGCAGCCUGCCUCCAGGUGGAUCCCGGUGCAGAACCUACAGCAGUCUUAGUUCCUGCACUCAGGCCACCAUGGCAGGCCGAGGUGGAGCUGCUCGACCGAACGGGCCCGCAGCUGGCAACAAGAUCUGCCAGUUCAAGCUGGUGCUGCUGGGGGAGUCGGCUGUGGGCAAGUCCAGCCUGGUGCUGCGCUUCGUGAAGGGGCAGUUCCACGAGUACCAGGAGAGCACCAUUGGAGCUGCCUUCCUUACACAGACAGUCUGCCUGGACGACACGACGGUCAAGUUCGAGAUCUGGGACACGGCAGGGCAGGAGAGGUACCACAGCCUGGCCCCCAUGUACUACCGGGGGGCACAGGCAGCAAUAGUGGUCUACGACAUCACCAACACAGACACUUUUGUACGAGCCAAGAACUGGGUGAAGGAGCUGCAGCGGCAGGCCAGCCCCAACAUCGUCAUUGCACUAGCAGGGAACAAGGCAGACCUGGCCACCAAGAGGGCUGUGGACUUCCAGGACGCACAGACAUAUGCAGAUGACAACAGCUUGCUGUUCAUGGAGACCUCUGCCAAGACAGCGAUGAAUGUGAACGAAAUCUUCAUGGCAAUAGCCAAGAAACUGCCAAAAAACGAGCCCCAGACAGCUUCAGGGGGCGCCGGCAGGAAUCGGGUGGUGGACCUGCAGGAGAGCAGCCAGCCCAGCAGGAGCCAGUGCUGCAGCAACUGAGAGGGCCCCGGAGCCCGGAACCGCUAACAACCGCACUUACCGUAGAGCGGCUGCGCCGUGGCCGCUGUGAUUCUCCAUCCCUUUCUGAUCAUAGGCUGGAGGGAGCUCUUCCACCUGCACCUUUCUGUACAAUACUAAUUCAAUUCUAAGUCUUAAGUCACUUUUUUAAUAUACGAACUUCUGCUCUUCCCUCUGGUGGUGGUGGAUGUGUGACCUGCUGCCUGCCCGGCCCAGCUCACCUCUGCCUGGGCAGGGCUGGUGGCACCUGGGUCCCACUGUACUGUAGGUCACUGCUGAAGACAAAAGGGAUCUCGAGGCUUCAAACCACCCCCACGUAAAGCUGAGGCUGAGACCAGUACGAUUCACCUAGAACCACUAAACUGUAGCAUUAGUGACAAACUGCAGCUGUGGGGCCACUUCUGACCAAAUCAGUGCUGAGUGUGGUGGGGGUGGGGCAGAGGGAAGCCAACCUGGUUUGUUUCUUCUGUAUUUUGUAUUGUAAGUUUCUCCAUGUAACCAAUCAGUAUCUCGU